AUGACCACUCCUCCCAUCAAGAAGGCCUGUGAUGCUUGUCAUCGACGCAAAGUGCGAUGCUCGGGAGGCCAGCCAUGCCGCACCUGCGGCCAGAGCAAUCUGGAAUGCACCUAUCUCGCCGUCCCGCAAAAGAAAGGCCCCAAGGGCAAUCGAUCCAAAAUCCUGUCCGAGAUCCGCACCGCCCAGAGGAAGACGAAGACCCAGGCGAAUCUUCCUCGAGCUUUGCCCUCUGCCGCCAGUUCCCCGCAGCUGACAGGUCAUGAGCUGAAGCUUUCUCUCGACUUCAAGGCUGCGCUCCUCAGCAAGCAGACCAUUGAAAACUGUGUCGCCUUCUACUUCUCCAACAUGUCCACGACGACUUCAAUCCUCAAUCGACAUCACCUAAUGGAUACGAUCCCCUCCCAGAUUGCCACUUGUGCAGAAUCGUACUGUCUCGCUGGAUCCUUGUGUGCGUUUGUCAUGGUCCAACCGGGCAUGAACUUGGCCGUUGCUCCGGGGAGCCAUUACGAAGGCGAGCCUCCUGAAACCCGCUACGGCUAUGCCAACAUGCUUCUCGACGACGUCAUUCGCGCGCGAAAGUCCAUCGACUACGUCGAGUUUCCCACUCUGAGCGCGGUCCAGACGUCUUUUUUCUUGUUCAGCUGCUACUUUACCCUUGAAAAACAGAAUAUAUGUUGGUUUCAUCUGCGUGAAGCCGCCACUCUGGCGCAGCUGAUGGGCAUGCACGAAGAGUCGUCGUAUCAAGUCGGCGACCCUGUUGAGAAUAUGUAUAAGCGACGAAUGUACUGGCUACUCCUGGUCACCGAGAGAGCAUAUGCGUUGGAACGACACCGCCCACUUAGUCUCCAUCCGACCAUCGGGCUUCCAUCCCCCAACGACUCGGAGGAGCAAGAAGCGAUAUCUGGCUUCCUGUACCUGAUUAGCCUCUUCCGCUGCAUUGACGAUGAGUUUAUGGCUCUCUGGAACAAAGUGAAGAGCGAGUGCUCCGCAACUUGGCUUUUGCAACUCCAGCGACAGCUGACAGACGCGUUGCCGCCAAGGUUAAGGACAACAGAAAGCCAAAUGGCAGACGUUUGGAUCACAUUCCAUUGGUUGCGAAUCAUGAUCUGGCAACUCUCCAUCCCAAAUGGGGUUCUUUCAUCCUCGUCCAACGAGUCCUCCAUGACAUUCAAAUACCCGAUAGAAGUCGCUAGGGACUUGAUUGAGCAUAUCUCAGACAUAUCUCUGGACGCAAUGGAGGUCCAUGGCGUAGGGCUGAUCGAGAAACUGUUCGACAUAGCUUGUACGCUCACAGACGUCAUCUCGUGCGUGCCUCUCGAACCCUCGGAGAUCUCAAAUCCAAGCAACGAGACAGCCUUCGAGUAUCUGAGCAAGCUGCUUACUCUAAUUUCCCAGCUCCGGGGUGGCGCAUCGAGGUACUUCCCAUUGUUACUUGUGAAAGUCUCCGAAACCUUGCCAAAUAGUCUCCCCCAUCGUCUCGCUCCUACGCAUCCGGACCCAGAUCCUCCGAUGCCUAUUCUGAGCAUCAAGCAAGGCUACGCGGGUGCGAGCGACCAUAUUCCCACACCAGAGCCGACGCAAUACUCCUCGAUAGGAAGUUUCAGUUUCAGCCCCAAGCGCAUCGAACUCGGCGGCGGGUUGUACUAUUCCCCUCAGCAGCAGGAAGGGCGCGAGCACAAGCAACAGAACUCUGAACAUACAAUGUGUGAAAAUGCAUACACCCCCGACAUCGCAGCAGGUCGCGACAUGUCCUCGGAUGAUUUAACAGCCCGGCCGUCUCUGGACACGCCACCUACUAGUCAGUCUUUGCUGGGAAGACAGACACACUCCUCUACGCAAGGUCUGGACAGAAGUGCGCCUAUGGGGGGAGACGACAGGCCCAGUUCGGGAGUUAACUUAGAUGAUGCGGUCACCCGCGUCGAAAGCAGUCCCAAACGCCCCUCCUGUGCCUUUCAUCGGAGUACGAGUAGUGGUCGUGUAGCCUUAGGUCCCCACAAGGCUCAAGCUCCCCCUCCCCCUCCACCCCACGGGGGAUCCCCGACGAUUGGCAGCGGCUGGAGUCAGCGAAACUACCGUCGUCCUUGGGAAGAAGGGAGCCGUUGA